AUGAUUUACGCGCCGAGGUCCUACAACCAAACUGAAACUGCAAUGUUUGCAAAUGCUUUGGCGAUGUACCGUUUGUUUGUGAAAACAGAACCGAAAGGUGGGACUUAUGUUAAAGUAAACUGCGUUUCUGUAGUGAGCAUCGUGUGUCCCAAGGAAAAAGCUGCCUUCAAUAACAUAAGUCUGUCCAGGAACACGGUUACUCGGAGAGUACAAGUUCUUGGGGAUGACCUGAAAACCACACUGCGUGAACGGGUUUCCAUCUUCAAAUUUUACUCUCUGGCUAUGGAUGAGAGCACCGAUGUUAAAAAUACGGCUCAGCUCGCUAUUUUCAUCAGAGGAAUCGACUGCAAUUUUCAGAUCACUAAGGAAAUGGCAGCUCUAGUUCCAAUGAAAGGCACUACUACCGGAAAAGACUUGAUGGAAGCUGUCGUGACCUGCAUGAAGGAUCUUGGGCUCUCUUUUACUAAUAUGAAUGGUCUUACAUCUGACGGAGCUCCAUCGAUGAUGUUGACCGAAAUGGAAGCUGAAUACGGUGAUUUGCUGUAUUAUUGCGAGGUCCGUUGGUUGAGUCGUGGGGCUAUGCUGGAGCGGUUUUACUCGUUUCGGAAGGAAAUUGCCUUGUUCUUGCAGGACAAAGGGAAAUCGACUGCUAAAAUCAACGACCCUAUGGGAACGUCCAUAAAUGACCAGCCCUCUAUGGAAACCAGUGAGAUGAGGGUUGAUAAUGCGGAACUACGAAGAAGGGUGCCUUCGAUAGAUUAG